AUGUCCACUCCACCACCACCUCCUAGACGACCAGGAGGAGCGAGACCUAAUCCAUCAUCUUCCAGUCAUGCUGGAACACCAUUAAGUCGAUCAAGUCCACUGCCCCUUCGAGACUCAACUGGUGGCACCCCACCGACUCCAUCGUCCUCCCAAGUCAACGCUUCCCCUCCUGUCAUCGCUCCAUCAAUGGAUCCAAGAGCCGACAUUGCACCUCUACGUCUGACACCUAGAAAUGGGGACUUUGCUGCAACACCGUCUAAGAUCAUCGAACCACCACCACCAUCGUCCUCCCCAUAUCCUCAACUCACCCCUUCGCUCGCUCGUCAUGGUCGAGCAACACCGUCCCUCGCUUGGAAUAAGCCCAAAUUGUCACUUUCUCCACUCCCAACCCCUGCCGCUCAAUCUACCACGACAUCACCCCUUGCUCACUCUGUGACUUCCUGGAAUGAAUCUCCAGCAGUUGCAACAUCAUCCUUUUCAUCGUCCCGUCCUCCUUUACUCAACGCCCCGUCUUCAUCAGAUGCCCAUAUUCAACGACGAGCCACACCAUCCCUCAAGAUCGCCAUGCCUGUAGGUGUCCAGUCGUCCGCCAUUUCCACUUCCUCUUCUCCCCGCUUCGUCUCUAAUCAGCUGGAACCUGAUCACGACGCCCUCCAUUCAGCAUUGCGGACACCCACCACUGGCGAAGAUAUGAAUCCUACCAUUCGUGCUUUAGGCCAUGAUGAUGGUGAAAGCGCAUAUGGAUAUGGAAGAGUUAACAAUGGCUUGAAGGACGAUACUUCAUCUGCCCGCAAUGCGGCAAUCAGAGCGGCAGUCUCGAGAUCUCGGUACGACGCUUCGCCAAAUCCAUCAAACCGAUCACGCGCGAGCUCUGUCAGCAAUUCGUACCAUGGAUCUAGGCGAGGCAGUCGUGUAGACUUGGUAGAGGACGAGCUAUCGGUCAAUCAGCUUAAUCGCUCCUUCGACGCCCUCGGCAUGAGUGAUAUUAGGAGAAGAAGCUCGGAAGAGAGCGAGAGUGAUCAUGGUGAAGCUGCGCAGAGGUUCAAUCCAAACGAGCUGGUGUUCAUACGGAGAUUGGGAGAAGGGACAGGAGGUGUGGUAGACCUCGUCAAGGACUGUCAUACAGGGAAUAUCAUGGCGAAAAAGGUCCUCACAUCCUCACCUGACCCGGCGUUACACAAGCAGCUUCUCAGAGAGCUGAAAUUCCUGGACGAAUUUUCUUGCCCACAGAUCGUUCAGCAUUUUGGAGCCUUCUUCAAUGAGCGGACGUCAGAGAUCGGGAUCCUCAUGGAAUACUGUGAAGGAGGUAGUCUGGACGGACUGAUCAACAAAAUGAGGAAGAAAAAUAUGCAGUGCUCGGAACAUGUUUUGGGGAGGAUAGCUGGAGCCGUCCUUCGCGGAUUGGAUUAUCUUCACAAACGACAUAUUGUCCACCGUGACAUAAAGCCCAGCAACAUUGUCCUCACUCGCGAGGGUCAUGUGAAGCUAUGUGACUUUGGUGUCAGCGGGGAGACCAUCAACUCAUAUGCCGGAACAUUCACAGGCACAAGCUAUUACAUGGCGCCUGAACGAAUUCAAGGCCAUGAGUAUUCUAUCAAAGCAGACGUGUGGUCCCUCGGUGUCUCACUACACGAGACUGCUCAUCUCCGAUUUCCUUUCGUAUCCGAUGACGGGGGAAGAUUAUUAGCUCCAAUUGAGCUGGUAACGCAUAUCAUUCAUGGCAGUAUCCCUGAAAUGCAGGACGACCCAAGCGUCGGACGGAUCUGGUCAGACAACAUUAAAGACUUCAUGAGAUUGUGCCUUAUUCGUGACCGGAACAGGCGCCCUUACCCAUGGGAGCUGCUGAAACAUAGCUUCAUCACGAUCAGCCACGCCAAGAGAGUUAAUAUGACCAAAUGGGUAGCUAUGCUGUGCGACUGGCCAAUCGAAUGA